CCAUCCGGUAGGUGGUGUACCAGAAGAUUUCGGGAUUAUUUUCCCCCCUCUGGAAAAUUUUGAAUUUGGCUAAUUCUGUUAUUAAAGAUGGCGAUUUGAUUGGAAGCAAUGCUCUGCCGACAGGAUGAACUUCAUAGGCUUUAUCCUUCUUGUCUCUCUUUUAAAGGGUGUCCUCCAGGAAUUGAAACUUUACGGAUCCGCGACCGCAGCCGGUGUCAAAUGCAGGGCGAUUCAGGCUGGAAGAGCGGAUGACCUACUGUUCUUGAAUAAGGACGGUAAAUGGGACGGUGAUAGUGAGGUAGAAGCGAGUGGAGAAGAUCCUUGGGAUGCGACUAUACCCCCAAAUCUGCCGCCACCCCCGCCCAUGGAACCAGUUUUCCUCGGAAAGUCGUCCAGGGGAGAGAAAGGGGAAAAAGGAGCGAGGGGCCCACCUGGUGAGACUAUAAGAGGGCCUCCAGGACCUCCAGGCCCACCCGGACCACCGGGCCCGCCGUUUUCCGGUCUGACCUACGACCCUAUGAUCUACAGUGGUUCUGGAGAUGAAGAGUCGAAGGGACUUAGGCCUUUUUCUGGAGGUGAUAUGAACAUGGGACCACCAGGACCACCCGGUGUCUGCACGUGCAACAUGACCCAGCUGCUUAGGGAUUUCAUGAUGCCGAAGAUGAUAGCGGGUCCGCCUGGCAUCCCAGGCAUCGACGGAUCCACCGGGCCACCUGGGCCGAAGGGUACACCGGGUAUAACGGGUGAAAGGGGCAGCACUGGCCCGAGGGGGUUGAAGGGAGAUAGGGGUGAUCAAGGGCCGAGAGGUCCUGAAGGAAUCCAGGGCCAAAAAGGCGAACCAGGACUGGAUGGAGCUCCAGGGAUGCCAGGUGUACCAGGACCUCCUGGGCCUCCAGGGACAUCAGAAUUUUCCAAUUUUGAUCCUAGCUGGAGACCUAGAGCAAUGUUUAAGGAAGCGAUCAUGGGGAGUAGUUAUGAUGGUUCGAUGGGACGCCUGGGCUCACCUGGUCCCAAGGGUGACACAGGUGCGGAUGGACCGAUGGGACCUAAGGGCGAAAGGGGUGUUUCUGGAGACAAGGGUGAGCGAGGAGAACCGGGAUUGAAAGGCCCCAAAGGAGAACGGGGACACCAAGGUCCUCCAGGACUUCAGGGUUACAAUGGUGAACAGGGUCCACCGGGCAUAGACGGCAUGCCCGGUUCCCCUGGUGAGAAUGGCAGGCCCGCUGUUAAAGGAGAAAAAGGUGAUUCAGGACCGCCUGGUCCUCCAGGACCUCCAGGUCCACCCGGACUUACUUACUCAUUGGAAGAUAAUUUCAACCUUCCUCCAGGAGUUGCUGGUGGAACAAAGGGCGAGCCUGGUUUGAAAGGGGAUAAGGGAGAACCAGGCCUGAAAGGUGAAAAAGGUAGCGAAGGAGACAGAGGGCCUCCUGGCAUGCCAGGCACCAAUGGAAUACCAGGUACACAAGGUGAAAUAGGUAUAAGGGGACCAGAAGGCCCACCAGGACCCAAAGGCGAAAGAGGUCCUCCUGGGCCAGGAAGUGGAGAAAAGGGUGAAAGGGGAAAGAGAGGAAGGAGAGGCAAGCCUGGCCCACCUGGUCCUCCUGGAAAGCCAGGAGAAUCUCAAAUCGAUGCUGGUGGCUAUCCUGGUAGACCGGGACCUGCAGGACUUCCAGGACCUCAAGGAGGAAAGGGAGAUAAAGGUGAACCUGGAGAAAUCACAAAUCCUUUUGGAGGAAGAAUUGAAUUGAAAGGAGAGAAAGGCGAACCGGGAAAAGACGCCGUCCAGUAUGUUCCUGUACCAGGGCCACCUGGGCCUCCAGGCCCUCCGGGUCUGCCCGGAGAUACGGUCGUCGGGCCAAAGGGCGAGCCCGGUUCGACGGGACACAUGCACGGAAGGGUACUCAUAGAUCCACCAAACCCCAGACAAGGACCGAGAGGAAGUCUUGAAGAGCUUAGGGCUUUGAAAGAACUGAGAGAACUGAAAGAAAAGUCUGACUCGAGGAUACCAGAAAUGCAAUACCAAAUGCCCAAAAUUGUACCAGGGGCGGUUACGUUUCAGAACCUGGACGCAAUGGCUAGGAUGUCAACGGCAAGCACGGUGGGCACUCUCGCUUAUAUUACAGAUGAGGAAGCUCUUUUGGUUCGAGUCAACAAAGGCUGGCAGUACAUCGCUCUUGGAUCACUCGUUCCUGUGACAACGGAACCCCCUCCGACUACGACGACUGAAAAACUAAGGCCACCGUUUGAAUCAUCGAAUCACGUCAAGACUCAACCUGUCCCAAUGGACGGCCCAAUGGAUUGGCACCCUCGCAUGCUGAGACUGGCCGCUCUCAAUGAGCCAUACAGCGGAGAAAUGAAAGGCCUGCGUGGCGCUGACUACUCUUGCUACAGGCAAGCCAGAAGGGCAGGACUUCGUGGCACUUUCAGAGCUUUCCUCACCUCUCGGAUAGAAAACCUCUACAGUAUAGUGAAAUUUUCAGACAGGGACUUGCCCGUUGUAAACCUCAAGGGAGAAGUGCUGUUUAACUCCUGGAAAGACAUCUUUUCCGAAGAUGGGUCCCAUUUCAGCCAACAGCCUAGGAUUUACAGCUUCAGCGGGAAAAACAUUGUCUCAGAUUUCUCAUGGCCUCAGAAGUAUAUAUGGCAUGGAGCUAAACCGAGCGGGGAAAGAGCAAUGGACGAGUAUUGCGACGAGUGGGAGUCGGGUUCAUCAGAAAAGGUCGGCAUGGCAUCACCUCUAAUUCAGAAUUCACAACAUAAGUACAAGCUGAUUGGACAAGAGCCCAUGCUCUGCUCUUACAGGUUAGCCGUUUUGUGUGUAGAAAUAGCAUCAUCGCACUCGGGGAAAAAGCGAAGGCGUCGCAGCACAGAACUGUCACAGCAAGAGUACACAGAGCUCCUUGAAAAUAUAUUCAGCAAUGAGUCACCCUGAUUAAACCGCGGCGCUAUGUGAUAAAGACUGUUUUAAAUUUGUAUAAAAAAAAUGGUUCAAGCGUGAACUUUUGCUGAAAUAUAUUGUUUUUCAUGUAAAACAAAACAAAACUGCCUCGUUUUAUAAUAUAUACGAAAUGUUUUUUCAAGUAAUCAUACUGAAUCCCUUUCAGCCCUCGGAUCUUGAAACGCUCAUGAUCAUAUCAAAUAUCAUUAGCAGUAAUUUGUGUGUUCAUAGACUUCAUUUUUUUAAUUUUAAAAACAAAAAACCUAUAAGUGUUUAUAAUGUCUUUAAAAAAAAAAACAUAUCCACU